GUUUUUAACAGCUGUAACGGUCGGGAACAACCAACAGCUCUGGGAACAGAGAAGGAUCUGCGGUCAGCGUUGUGAUUCAGAAACACAAGCAUGGAUGCUGGUAAUUGUCCACUGCCUGACAGCAUCAACCCUAAUAACUUUCCCGCUAAACUGUGGCGUUUGGUGAACAGCCCAGCAAAGCCUGCCAUCCGCUGGGACAGCCAAGGCGAGGGCAUCCUCAUUGAUAAGGAACUUUUUGAGAAACAGAUCCUGUCUCCCAGCACCUUCCCCAUCGAAAACCCCGAUGCCUUCAAAACCACCAACUUCUCAAGCUUCAUCCGUCAGCUCAAUCUUUAUGGCUUCAGGAAAACAGAGCCCUUUGAUGAAGAAGAGAAAAGUGGGAAGUAUCAGCAUUUUUACAACCCAAUCUUCAAGCGAAAUCAUCCUGAACUUAUUGUGGGACUGAGGAGACUCACUGCCGAGAACAAGGCCAAGAUCGAGGCUGGUGAAAACGUCAGCUGUCGGCCCCCAAGUAAAUAUGCAAGAGUGAGCAGUGGUAAUGUUAAAAGAGAGACGUCUUUGCUGCAUACUCCCACCCAUCAGAAGUUAACUCAUCCUUACUAUCCAAAGCAAGUCCAGCCUGGGAUAGCUCACAAUAGAACCCCAGUCCCACCAAGAUACCUGAUGAGGGGUCAGGGUGCAGCUCUUUCUCCAUCUGUUUUUGCUCCAGACAAAGGGAUACCAGCAUCUUUCAGUCACCACUAUGCUGGAGAAGCCACAGGCUCCAGUGCAAUGCAUUCUCCACAAGGGUUACUGGCCCAUGCAAACCACAGAAAUGUACCAUAUCAGCCCAGAUACUUCUCAGCUUGCCAUUACUACUCUAUGAAUCUUGGGGCAUCCCAGAUGGCCUCGAGUGGGCUUCAUGCAGGGCCGUUCUCUCCUUACAAAUACUACCAGGGGAGCUGCCCUGCCAAUAUGUUCUGUGCUGGGGAUAACAACCUGAAUCUGCAGAACAUGCAGAACCACGAGAUGAAUAAGAAUGAAGUUAAUUUGGACAGAAUUUUCCAGAUAGCAGAUGAGGUGAUGCAAACUACUCCUGAUAGAUUACUGAUUAAAGUCAAGACCCCAGAGAAGCCAAGCCCUGUGUCUAUGCCACCACCUAGUGCCAUUCCCAUCAGCUUCUCAAAAGAGCCUAUUUCUGAUGGGCAAAUCAUAAAGGCAGUCUCAAGCAUGGCUAAUCCAGCCAAAAUGGAACCACAAGAGGAAUUUGGGAUUUCAAUACCAGUGCAGCUGCCUGAAGAUGCCAUAUCUGAGGUCUGUGCUUGUUUAUUCGAUUGGCAUGUGGCAAGAGAGGCUUCAUUCGGCAAAUAAUUUGAUCUCAAGGUCUCACUUUACACUUCAAUGAUACUUGGUUUGUAAAAACUUACAUUCUUACAAGUUCAAAUAUUUUUUCAAAAAAGGAAGUUUGGCUUUUUAGAUUUUGUGCAGCUUUGUUAGUGAAUUUGCUUGCUUUUAGUGGCUUUUGGAAAUGUUUGUUUUUGAUUAUCAGCCAUAUUUUUUGAUGCGAUAAGAUUUGUCAUUGAA